AUGACUACUCCUGCCACACACCCCAUCUUUCUCGCCACGGUAUCGGCACCGACCAACAUUGCCGUCGUCAAGUACUGGGGCAAGGCGGACGAACACUACAACACGCCCAUCAACAGCAGUUGUUCCGUCACUUUGCACCAGGAUGACCUCCGCGCCGUCACCACCGUCGCCGUCAGCAAAGACUUUGUCCAGGAUCGACUCUGGCUCAACGGGGUUGAAGUCCCCCACGCGGCAACCUCGCGCCGGUUCCGGGCCUGUGUCGACGGCGUCCUCGCACUCGCUCCCGACAAGUAUCACACUGACGACGAUAACAACAACAAGACCGUCGCCAUUGCCCAACACGAAUGGCCCACACUACACGUACACGUUUCCAGUUACAACACGUUCCCCACCGCAGCCGGGUUGGCCAGUUCCGCCGCCGGCUACGCCGCCCUCGUGGCGGCUCUCGUCCAGCUCACCGGCGCCACCGAAACAUUCCCCGGCGAGUUCAGUACACUCGCACGCCAAGGAUCCGGCAGUGCCUGUCGCUCGCUCUACGGAGGACUCGUUGCCUGGCACGCCGGAACCGCCGACGAACAAUGGCGGGACAGUCGCGCCGAACAACUCGCCGACGAGGCCUCCUGGCCCGCACUCCGCGCCGUCAUUGCCGUCGUCAGCGACGCACAGAAGGAUACCGCCAGUACCGCCGGAAUGCAAGCAUCCGUCAAGACCUCGCCGCUACUCGCCUUUCGGGCCGCGCACGUCGUUCCGCAACGCAUGCAAGAAUUGACACAGGCCUGGCGACGUAGAGAUUUUCCGGUCUUUGGGAAAAUUACCAUGCAAGAUUCCAACCAGUUCCACGCAACCUGCCUCGAUACCUACCCGCCCAUCUUUUACAUGAACGACGUCUCGCGACAAAUUAUACGCAUCGUCACGGCCUACAACGACUACGCGGGAGAAAUACGCGCCGCCUACACCUUGGACGCCGGCCCCAACGUGGUACUGUACGUCCUGGAACCGCACCGACCCGUCCUCGCGGCUCUCCUCCGACACUUUUUCCCCGCAUCCGGACUCGAAGAACAAAACGACGAGGUUUUGGAUCCCGCUCUCGUACACGCCGCCGAAGCCACCGGACGCGUUCCCCGGGACGGGGAUGUCCGACACUAUUACGUCACCCGACCCGGUCCCGGUCCCCGUGUACUCGAUAAUGAUGCCGAUGGAACCAUUGAUCCACACACUGGACUCAAUCGGUACCAACCAAGCGGGUAG